AUGAAAAAUAUUCGACAAAGCAAACGAAAAACAAGACCAGUAGCAGUAAUUAAUGCUCUUCGACCUGUAGAAUUUACUGGAAUAUCAGGAAAAGAUUUACAAUAUUCUAAAAUGUUAUUUAGUCAAAUAUUACUUUGGACCAUUUUGAACAUAAUCAAUCCUUGUUUUCUUCUUUAUCAAACAAUAACAAUAAAUGAAACGAAAUCAUCUUUUCGUGUAACAAUUGAAGCAUUUAUCAAUAAUAUGAGUUAUAUGUUUAUCCAUCUGGAAUUUUCUUUAACAUUUUUUAUUUAUACUUUAUCAUCAUCAUUUUUCAGGCGUGAAUUCAAGCAAUUGAUUCAAAAGAAAGUAUUACGUCAUUUAGUAUCAAAUGCCACUGUGAGCAACAACACAUGA